UCGGACCCGGAACUGUUGGCGGACCAGUCGGUGACUGCGAAGCUUGCCCUUAAAACCCACAUGAAGCGGAGCUGACCUUAGCUCUGUAUUAAGUUUAAACAACAUUGAAAAGAGUGGUUAUUAAAACGGACACUUUAAGUGCGGCAUGUCUCUUGCGGCGGACGCAUUCGUGUCACAAAUGGCGGCUGCUGAGCCUUGGCCAGAGAGUGCAGCCUUGUACCAGCCUCUGAAGGAGGAUCAGAUUCUGCUGUCAGAGUGUGCCUCUUCUCUUGCUGUGCAGGCCUACCUGAGGAUGUGCGGCCUGCCCGUGCAGGUGGUUUGCAAAUCCAACGCCGAGUACAUGUCCCCCUCUGGGAAGAUUCCCUUCAUCCACGUGGGAAACCAGGUGGUGUCCGAGCUGGGUCCGAUAGUGCAGUUUACUAAAGCCAAGGGUCAUUCUCUGAGCGACGGCUUAGAUGACAUUCAGAGGGCUGAAAUGAAAGCGUACAUGGAGUUGGUCAACAACAUGCUGCUGACUGCUGAGCUGUACGUCCAGUGGUGCGACGACGCCACCGCCGCCGAGAUCACCCGGCCCAGGUACAGCAGCCCGUACUCGUGGCCCCUCAGCACCAUCCUCUCCUACCAGAAGCAGUGGGAGGUCCGCAGGAAGAUGAACGCCAUCGGCUGGGGGGGGAAGAGCCUGGCGCAGGUGUACGAGGACGUGAGCCAGUGUUGCCAAGCUCUCUCUCAGCGGCUCGGAACGCAACACUUCUUCUUCAAUAAACAACCGACGGAGCUGGACGCCCUGGUGUUCGGCCACCUCUUCACCAUCCUGACCACCAGGCUGACCAGCCCGGAGCUGGCCGAGCGAGUCAGGAGUUACAGCAACCUGCUGUCCUUCUGCCGGCGCAUCGAGCACACCUACUUUGAGGACCGGAGCUCCUGAGGCACGGCGAAAAGACGAUGAAACUGCUCCCGCACGCAUGUCGGACGUACGCGGGAUGAAGAAUCAGUAUGUAUUUAUUAUUAUUAAUUGUAUUUUGUGUUUGCGGCACAUGAAUAUAAUAAUGCAAAUUAAAUCAAAGCUAUUAAACAUUG